ACCAAACAGAUCAGCGCGAUGCAGCUUUCUGUUUCUGAAGAGGAAGAAACUGCAACAGCUCAUGUGACACUUUCAUCAUAAAUAGGCCCAUCAACCAGGAAAACACCAUCAGAGGGUUCAACACACAGCGGCGAUGACAAGUCCCACGGACCAACGCGUGAUGUUUGCGAGCCUGCUGCUCGUCUCCCUGUGUGUCGGGGCAGCGGCCAUGAUUGACAGCCGGCUGGACGACCACUGGGAGCUGUGGAAGAAGACGCACGAGAAGAAGUACCAAAAUGAAGUGGAGGAUGUGCGCCGCAGGGAAUUGUGGGAGAAGAACCUGAUGCUCAUCACCAUGCACAACCUGGAGGCCUCGAUGGGGCUUCACACCUACGACCUCGGCAUGAACCACAUGGGAGACUUGACACAAGAGGAGAUCCUGCAGUCGUACGCCACACUCACCGUUCCCACCGACAUCCAGAGGGCACCAUCUGCCUUUGUGGGGACAUACGGCGCUGAUGUACCCGACACCAUGGACUGGAGACAGAAGGGCUGUGUCACCAGUGUUAAGAUGCAGGGUUCGUGUGGCUCCUGCUGGGCCUUCAGUGCCGCCGGGGCCCUGGAGGGCCAGUUAGCCAAGACAACAGGGAAGCUGGUGGACCUCAGCCCCCAAAACCUGGUGGACUGUUCAGGCAAAUAUGGCAACUUUGGCUGCAAUGGUGGCUUCAUGCACAAAGCCUUCCAGUACGUCAUCGACAACCAGGGCAUCGACUCGGACGCCUCAUACCCCUACACGGGACAGUCCCAACCGUGCCGCUACAACCCGAAGAACCGCGCCGCCAACUGCUCCAGUUACAGCUUCCUGCCUUAUGGGGACGAGGGUGCUCUGAAGCAGGCGCUUGCCACCAUUGGACCCAUUUCAGUGGCGAUCGACGCCACGAAGCCCAGAUUCACCUUCUACAGGAGUGGUAUGUUACACAUCAUCAGCUGCACAGGCUCUCAUCUUCAUUGCACUAGUACAGUGCCUGUUCAAAAUGGGGAGAUCUUAAUAUAUAGGGCUGCUUGA